AAAACCACUGCUCUAAUUAACAUUUCAUUAGGCUGGCCGGAGCACAUCGUGAGGAUUAGUGGUCAAAACGACUCGGUCUUUCAAGCUGUGGCAAUGAUCAUAAAUCGGAUUGAGAAGCAAAUUCACAGCCUUAUGGAAAAAAGUACGGCCAGAUCUACGCCCCCAGUCACGUUGCGGAUGGUGGUGCCAUCCACCCAGUGUGGCUUUAUUAUCGGCAAUGGCGGUUGUAAGAUCAAAGAGAUCAUGAAAUCAUCUGGAGCUCACAUUGAGGUGAAGGUAGCUAUGCUGCCCAAUUCGACAGAGAAAGCAAUAACCAUUGCUGGGACUCCAGAGGCCAUCCACGCGUGUGUCCAACAGAUCUGUGUGGUCAUGCUGGAGUGUCCGCCUAAGGGCAUUAACAUUUCAUAUCGCCCAAGACCUGCAGGAUCACGCACAGUUUUGGAUGGAGGACCGCAAACAAGAUUACUGCGGCAGGAUAACUGUAAGUCAGUGGUAGCCAGCGUGACCAUGAAUCAGUCCUUAUACUGA